CACACCUCCACCAAGCAAGCGCUUCGGCGCAUAUCCUCGAGACGUUCGUCUCGUAAACGUAGCCAAGCCUACGUAACCUUUCCGCGCGUUCAACACCGCCGGGAAGCCUUAGCGAAAACGAAAAAGAGAACCGGAACUUACCGCGUUUCCCCCCUCAAGAACAAGAUAGCAAGAUGUCGGACUCUCUCGACGCCAUUCGCAAGGCGCAGGAGGACAGAUUCUUCAAGCUCGAGCAGGAGAAACACCUUCAAGCCUACGUGAAAAAACUCAAAGCCUCUGGCAGGUUCGACCAGAUUCCCGCAAGCGCGCCUCGCACCUUCUCCGCGAGCGCGCUGCCUCAGGUUUUGGCGCACGAGCUGCGUUUGUCCACCCCCGUCGAGGAGGUGCUCGAGCGAAGGCAGCUCGACCGCUCGUUCAUGACCCGCCAGAUCAUCAAGGGCGUGUGCACCGGCGACCCGUACCUGAUCAAUUCCGUGACGCUCGGGUCUCGGGUGAGCAUGGGCAAGAACAAGUGGAGCGCGGGCACUAACACCGGCAUCGAGAACACGACCAUCUUCAGCGUGCACAAGGCACAAGAUCUCAUGGCCGAAACGCCCAAGCACCUCAACGGCAUCGAGAGCAGGGCGGCGAAGCACAUGGUGGACAACAGUUUUGUCGAAAUCGGCGGGAAGAGGAUCAAGCUCAUGCCUGAUCCGACCCCCGGUCGAGCCAUGGCGUGGGGCGGCACGCUGGCGAUCUGGGGCACGGCCGCCCUCGCGGUGGGUACGUGCAAGGUGUUGGGAAUCAAGACGAUGGACGACAUGAAACGUGUCAUGAAUGCGCAGCUGAGCCCCCUGGGCGACGCCAUCCGCGACCGCAUGACGCCGUUCAAGUCGUACAUCACCGAGGCACCCCUCGACGGGUCGCCGAAGGUCAACACAAAGGACAGCAGGUUCGCCAAGGGUGUGAAGGAUAUCUUCGCGUAGGACAUCACGGAUCUAUAAUACAACUCUAUCGUUUUCGC